CAUCGCUACAAGAGGAAGAAGAAGGAGUAGUCAACAAACAAAUCCAGUGCGAAUAGUGCUUUCAGCAGAGAAUUGUUUAAGAUGUUACUUGUUUAGUCGAUAAAUUAUAUUGGAACAGGUAAAAUGGAUAUAUGUAGUGAUCCAGACCGGACAUGUAGAGCAUGUGUCAACCCACUCAGUGACGGGAAAUAUGACCUUAUAUCUACGCCAAACCUAUCCGAACUCUAUGUUCGCUUGUCCACAAUGCAACUUAGUUCGGAUGACCCAUUGCCUAAAAUGCUUUGCACUAAAUGCUACAAUCUCAUACGAGAAUUUGAUGCCUUUCAAAAGAUGUGCAUUGAGUCCUACAAUUUCCUAUAUUCCAAAUUUUUAGAAAAAUGUUUAAAAUUGGAAUCAAUGAACGAACUUGUUGUGAAGGAAGAAAAGAUUUCUGUAGGUGAUUAUCCAUUAGAGAUUCAACCGUAUAUUGGUUUCGAAGGUGGUAAUGAUAACAUCAGUAAAAAAGAUAUAAAUAUCACCGUUCUGAAUAAUGAGGAAUGUUCUAGUGAACAGAAACUCAAAGAAUCAAAAGAGGGCAUUCCAGAUUUCUCAGUCGAUGACUCAGAUGAUGAAAUUUUGGCAGAAAAAGUGAAAAAGUCAGAACGAAUCAAAAUAGAAAAUAUUAACGAAAAUAAGGUAAACAGCAUGGCUGUUGAAGUAUCGCCUUAUAAUAUAGCAGCAAACCGUAAUGAGACUGAAUCGCCAGAUGCCGACACAACACUGCAAAAUCCGAAGCGAAGAAGAAAAACUCGGAAAGAAAAAAAAUCAUCCUCAGAUGACGAUCCAAGUGUAAGUGGUAAAGAGAGCAGUGAGACUAAUAUAAAGGCCGAUAAAGACUUGUCUAAGACCGGAGAACUUGAGCAUCAUAGAACUAGUCCAUUUGUAUGCGGUAAAUGUUCCAAAAAGUUUUACACAAAAGUCCAUUAUGAGGGGCAUAUGAGAAAACAUCAGGGAGAAAAGCCUUAUGUAUGUGAGCAUUGCCCCAGAGGAUAUUCAAGACUGGUCCGGCUGAAAGAUCACAUUUUAAGUGAUCACUCCGGCGAAAAAGUUUGGUAUUAUUGCACUGUGGAAGGAUGUGAAAGAAAGUAUAGAUGUCAGCAGAGUUUAGAUCGUCACCUAAAGGGCCACUUCAAUCCCCAACCUGAAACGAAAACCAAGAAAGCUACCGUCAUUUGCGAACAGUGUGGUAAAAUACUUUCUAAAGGUGUACUGCGGGAACACGAAAUGAUGCACAAAGGAAUAUUCCCUCAUGUAUGCGAUCAGUGUCCAAAGAAAUUUCGUUUUCGUAACAAAUUGGAGGAACACAAAUUAGUACAUUUGGGUAUCAAAAAACAUUCCUGUUCGGUAUGCGGCAUGAAGAAAACAACAAAAAAGGAACUUGCAGCGCAUAUGAAUGUACACACCCGUGAGAAAGAGUAUCCUUGUCAGUUUUGUAAAUCAUGUUUUCUAACCAACGCGAACCUUGUUCGUCACAUCCUUGUUGUUCAUGACGGUAUCAAAAACUUCCAUUGUACAUAUUGUGGUCAGUCUUUUGGAAAAUCGGAGACUUUGAAACAUCAUAUGAUGCGUCACACCGGCGAGAAACCACAUAAAUGUCCAUACUGUGAAAGGAGAUUUAUACAGAAAGCUGCCAUGAUAAUCCACGCUAGGCGUCAUGAAGCGAAAGGCGACAAAUUAAUUGAUGCUCCCAGUGAACCAAGUUAGCUAUGCUUCUCUGCAAUAUUACAAUGAAAUUAUGCAAUUGUUUA